AUGAAUAUGUCGCAGAAUCCCGAGGAGCAAGCAGAUACUGAUUCUCCGGACACAUGGAUGCGGGAUGAGGGAUUAACACCAUACGAGGUUAUGUUGCGGUCCGCACCACCUGACUAUCUCACAAACUUUGAGGCCGAACAACUUGAACUACCCCCCGAAUACCCGGUUUAUUACUUUUUCUACCGGACGUUAACAGCACCGGCAACCCUUCAACGAAUCAUCGACCUGCCCGAAAAGCCAAGACUGCGGAAAGCGAAAGUCAUCGGAUACGCGAUUGCCAAGUGGGGCGAUUAUCCUGCGUUAAUAGAUGGAGAAUCGGGCCAGGAGAUUGACGGAUAUGCGUAUUUCGUGCAAACUGAAGAAGAAGCCCAAAAGCUGGCGUAUUACGAGACGAAUCCUUAUAUGGAAGCGCCCUGCUUGAUCCAUCUUGAUAACAAUGAAGAGCCAGCCGAGGCGCGUGGAAAGACAUUCGUCUAUGCUGGGGAUGCAAAGGCCUUGCUGGAAUAG